UCCUAGAUCAACGUAUGACAUCCAACCAAAUUGUUAUCCCCAUCUUUUAUGAUGUUGAGCCCACCCAUGUCAGGAAGCAAAUAGGUAGCUUCAACGAUGCAAUGGCUAAGCACAUACAAAAGAUGGCGGCAGAGACAGAUGCAAAUAAAAGAAGAGAAAUGGCUCAAAGGAUUGAAGGAUGGAUUCAAGCGCUUACUGAAGUUGCUGGUUUGAAAGGGAUGGAUCUAGAUGGCAGGUCAGAGACGGAGUUUAUCAAAAAGAUUGUUAAGGAUAUCUACCGUAGAUUACAAGGCCAGAGACGGAGUUUAUCAAAAAGAUUGUUAAGGACAUCUACUGUAGAUUACAAUUACCCUUAAGGGGUGCUCUGCCACUACUUAUUGGCAUGGGG